GGCGUACGGCGAGCACGACGACGAAGACAACGACGAGGACGGCAACGGCGAGUUGCAGCAGCGACAGCCUCAGAGCAGCUUCUUUUUUCAAGCACACACGAAAAUUGAGUGCAGGCUAGUGGCUACCCUUGUGUUGGUCUGCUGCCGGCGCAGCUGCUCUUCCUGCUGCCGUGGUGGUCGCAGCAACAUCUCGCCCGGGGAGUCCAGGAGACUCCAGGAGUACCAGCAACGGCAAGCCCAAAUACCGUCCACCUCGGCGAGCCGCUACCCUCCGGCUCCAGGCCGACGCUUCUUCGCUCUCGCUAUGGGCUACGAUAUCAAGUGGAUUAUACCUAAACUGCGGAGUACCAGCACCUUGUGGAGCUUCGCCAGCAGCUUAACCUUCGCCGCAGUCGGCCUCUUCUCCAAGAUCAUCAUGGAAUGGCUCAACAAAACUACGGUCUACAAUAAGCACAUCAUCCAAAGAGCCUUGAGCUCUCGACCUAAAGAAGUUCCUUUGAUCACUGUAUCAAAUCAUCACAGUUGCUUUGAUGACCCUGGGAUCUGGAGUACAUUGGAUCUCAAAUAUUUACUGAACCGUCGGAAAAUGAGAUGGUCGUUGGCAGCUCAUGACAUAUGCUUCACUAAUGUCUGGCACUCUUAUAUCUUUAUGCUUGGAAAAUGUGUUCCAGUCAUAAGAGGCAAUGGUGUUUAUCAAGAAGCAAUUGAUUUUUGUAUAGAAAAAUUAGCAAAAGGAGAUUGGGUUCAUGUUUUUCCCGAAGGCAAAGUCAACAUGCUCAAAGAAAAUCUUAGAUUCAAAUGGGGUGUAGGAAGACUAAUUUUUGAAUCACCUGUAGUACCACUAGUUGUACCAAUAAUUCAUCUUGGUAUGGAUCAAGUUCUUCCAAAUGAGCCUCCGUAUAUGCUCAAAACAAAAAAGAAGGUAACUCUGUGUUACGGAGAACCUAUAGACUUUAGUGAAAUGUUAGCUGACUUGAAAAAAUCAAAUGCCAGUGAAAUAGAAGCUCGUAAAGCUAUCACUGACCGGAUUCAAGAUGAACUUUUCAGAUUGCAAACUAUAACAGAAGAGCUUCAUGUAAAACUUUGACAAAAAAGUAAUAACUGGUAACAUCACCAGUUUUAGUCACAAGUAAUGGCCACAGAAUCUGCAAUGAGUGAAUGACCGAUUUGUUUGCUGGAUGGAAAACUUUAAAAUGAAUUUGAACAGGAGUUAAAAAAUAUUACGCAUAAAAAAAAUUUACUGUUAAAAGAAAUUAGAAAUAUUUUUGUAAUAAGAACUUUUUGAUCCAAAUGUCGGAAUAUACAAAAACGAUAUUAAAAUGAUAGUAUACAGCGAACUGUUUUGCAGUUCCUUUUAUAAAUAAUUGUUACUCAGGUUUAAAUACGUUACAUAUUCCUUUUUUAUAACAACCAGAUGAAUUUUCCGAAAGGUAUUGGCACGUAAAUGUGCAUAUUUUUAAGUAAAGAUUACUAUUUUAUAAUCGCUAUAAACAAAACGUAACAAACAAUUCGUUGACUCGUCAAUUUUGAUAAAAAUAUUAAUAAGUUUUUUAAAGAAAAUACAUUGUGAAUCUAUCAGGAACUGCCUAGUUAAUAGCGCCAAUGCCAUGAGUUUUAUAAUGCUGUACAUAUAAAAUUAAUCACUUUAUACUUAUACUAUGUAUUUAUUGUUGAAUGUGUCUAAUAAUUAAAUACCU